ACAAAUCUACACAUACCAUCCUUUUUGCUUUCAAACGCUGUUACUGGACACUCAUAUUCCGUGACAUUCCUUUACUCCCUGCAGCACGCACCAUCUAUAGCCAUUCAUUAGCCCUCUUCAUUUCGGCUUCCGCGGUGCUUGUGGUCAGUCAUGAAUCGAGAUACUUCUCAUAAACCUGACCUCGGGUCCCACAAAGAACAUCAUCCCAAGAGGCAAAUACCCGGUCCCCAAGCCCCGGAUGCCAACGAGGUCAUAGAGCUCGACUCGGACGACGAGUCGGAUACCACCGGCUCACUGCCCGUGAUGUCUUUGAACGAGUCCCAUGGUUUGGGUAAUACAAACGUCACUGGCAACAGCAGCAACAGUGAAAGCGCCGAUAUUGUCACGGUGGUGGAUGCCGAUGCCGACGAUGAUGACGUGGUAAUCACUAGCGUGGUACCCGCAAACUCCCAGCUCCGAGGAACACGUCCUCAUCCCGACGAUGAAUUUAACCGAAUCGUGAGGCAACGGCCCGACAGGAGACCAACACCCACCAGUGUGGGAGUGGCGCCAGGGGGCGACGAUGAUGUACAGAUUCUUGAAGAAAGAAGCGUAAUAACGGCCGGUCCUCGGCUAUGGUUUACUAUGUUAAAUGGCCCAUUGACCGAGUCGGAAACAGCUCUGUCCUCUGACGAUGACUUCAACUCUCCAGCCGAAUGGGGGUCUCUUCCUCCUCGACACAUGAAUAACACAUCAGACGAUGCCGACUACAGGCGAGUCCUUGUCAGAAGAAUCGCAUCACAAGGAGACCGGGUUUUCCAUCGGUUCCAUCAAGCCAUUCAAGACAACAACGUGGAUGGGCCCGCCCGAAGGAUCCUCCAGAGUCUUUUUGAGCACACCACCCCUGACGGGAUCGAGUUGGGCGACCACUUUUUUCCCAUGGGAGUUCUCGGUUCCAACGAUAUCGAGCGGUCGGUGAUGGACAGAAUCGAACGAGAUAACGAAAGGGAAAUGGACCGCAAAAUCGAAACCGAAAAUACCUUUAACCGUAAGGCCCUCCUUGAGAAGAGAUCCCAAAUCAAGAGAGAAGUGCAGGGCUACACUUCGGAUAUAACCAGUAACAUGAUUAUUGGCUGCGAAUUGUGCGGAGUGACUCUUGGUGAAGGUAUACCUGCAGAAUUCAAGACAAACCUAGAGUACAACAAGAAAUUAGCUCAACUAAGUAUAGAGUACGGGGUUCUGGCCCCAUGGUUUUGCUUCAAGCAACUCACGGAAGUCGACAAGGAUCUAAGUAGACGGGUGUUUUUAUCCAAGUGUGGACACAGCUUUUGUGGAAUGUGCAUUAAGAACAUCGGCAACCGACCCCGAGCCACCAAGAAGAACUCCAAGCAAGAUAUCACGAUAGAUAACCCACGGAUUUAUGCCCCGGCCAAAUGUCCAUCAUUUGGAUGUGAGCAUAAGUUUAGAGGUAAAAAGUCCUUUAUCGAGCUAUACUUUUAACCAUUAUAUUUAUGUAUGUAUGUAUGUAAUUCAUGAGACACGUGAGAAAUACUUGAUACUUAAAAAAACAAAAACGUGAAGCGAUUCAAUCGAUCCUGGCUUCCGACAACGUCAACGGCUUGAUGUUAUUAGAAAACACUGAAGACCCAUUCUUGAACCGGUUGAUUUUCUUUAAUUUCUCUCUAACAACCAUCACCGGAACCGUCAGUUUCGUCACCAAGUAAUUGGACAACGAACCCAACAACACCCCUUUGAUGGCCGACUGGCCACGAGACCCAACAAUCACCAAGGUCGGCUGUAAGUGGUCGAUGAACUCUAGAAUCAAAUGUCUGGGGAUUGGGUGGUGGGUAAUUUCAAUGACAAUAUGAAUCUGUAAUUUGGUCAACUUAAGGAGAUUCAACACCUGCUGUUUGGCCUUGUUCAACAUGUCGAGCCGGUGGGAUUCUCUGGCCGAUUCGGAAUUAGUGUUGCCCUUCAAGUGGUGAUUGGCAUCGUUUUCCUCAAUCACAUAUACAAUGAACAACACCGACCCAUCUACCAACACCGUUCCCAACGACCAUUCCAACGCAAAUAUGGACUCGGGCGAAAAGUCCAUGCACAAGAGAAACAUCUUCGGCUUAACCUUGGGGUCAAUCAACUGGAAAAAGUUCCCUCUGGUGAUGGUCUGAAUCACCCGCGAUUGAGGUCUACUGGAGUCCACCUUACCCUCAAUGAUGGUUUCGUUCAACUUGGACGCAAACUCGCUGUCCAACUUGUCUUCGAUGGCUGACGUGUAAGGGAUCAUGAAGUCCUUGUCAUCAUCCACCGCAACCGGCUCAGCUAUGGGCAGGUUGGACUGUUUGAACUUUUCGUUCUCGUGAUCAAUGAUUUUGCGCCUAUAGCUCGAGUAGUCUUCGAGCUUCUGUCUACGGGACGCGAAGUCCUGGUCACUCUUGUCCAAGUCCACCGCUCCACCAAGCAAUUGAUUCUUCUCAUUUUUCAAUUUUUCCAAUGCUUCUUCGUCAAUGGGCUUACCAGCCUUUUUGGCAUUGGCAAAUGCUCUUUCACUGGCGGUCAAUUCCUCCAACUUCUUGAUGGUCGACGUGUCGCUCAAGUUGGAGUUCUCCAAGAUGUGGGAAAUCUCGUGGAUUUUCUCGUCCCGACAGGCAAAGUUGGGGAGGAUAUUGCCGGUGUCAUCAUACUGGAAUUUUUCCUGGUCGUCGUCAUCACUGAGAUGCUCUUCCUCGCUCUGCUCGUCGUCGAAGUCGAGCGGGACGACAUCAUUGUCCCCAUCGUUGCUGGUGAGCUUAACUAAACGUUCCAGAGGAUCAUGAUUGAUGAUUGACCAUUUUAAUUCUCCCUUAGCAUCGUUCAGGGGAGACGCCGAGCGGGAGUUGGGAUUGGAUUGGUUGGGCGAGGGCGAACGGCCUCUGCUCAUAGACUUCUGGAUGAUGGCCAAGCGUUCAGCUUCUAACCGAGAUUGACGGCCUGCCAUGUGUGAAAAGAAGGAGAAGUGCCAAG